AUGGGACUCUUUGACUUCUUGGGCACCUCUACCCCUCCCGUCUCAAUCCCCACGUUCAUUCAGGGCUCAGGACGAGACUCCACCGAUCUCCAGAUCAGAUCACUUCUUUACCUAUUCCAACGACUCCGUAUCAACCGGUUGGCACUGUUUCCUGCUGAAGGUUCGCUCAAAUACGCAGAUGGGAAGCUCUGGGAUGAUAUUCUGUCCGGAUCAGACAUGAGCGUGCCAAAGUUGGAUGGAAUGUACAAUUUGACAGCUUUUGAGAAGCUACUACUCUGCGAUAACCAUCGGGUGUUGAUCGACUUCCCCAAGAACAAGUUCCGCAUGCUCUGCAUUUUAUCUGAGUACCCAAGUGCCAAUUUCUCUCGUCCACUGUCGCCAACCAAGUUUGGAGCAUCCUCAGACGAGAUGGAAGAUGGCUUUCCAGUGUUCAAGGACUAUAAAGAGAGAAGAGUGGUGAAUUUUUCUUUCUCCAUACUUCCUGUGGAUACUCCAAUCACUGCUAGACUGCUUGCUUCUGAAUUGGCCAACUCACUGUUAUACGUGGAACAUUUUUCCUAUGUGACCAUUCUAGCCAGAUAUCACAUUGCCAGUAAAGUGGUGCGAGAAGUCUUGGGAACAUCCACAGAGGAUGCAUUCAUAACACUUUCCGAGGACUCCAAAGCUAAUCUUCUCUUCAAGUACUUGACGGAGCUAGCCUUCAUAGUUCAGGUCAUUAGGAUAUAUGACCAGUACAUCAAGAUGGAACAGCCAGCACGGCCCUCAUCGCCUACAAAGCUCAGAAGUGUUAGAUCUUACACUAACCUACCACAAUCGCCGUCACGAGUCCUUCUGCCUACCACCCCAAACACAACUCUGAGGCCCUUGAGUCCGAAGAAGUCCCUGACCAAUCUACGGAGUUCAUUGACGUCACGGCCAUCUAUAUCUAAUUUCAAUGCCAAUGAGAUUUACAAUCCUGUUGCAGCACCUCCAAGCCCGGAAAAAAGACGAAAUUCCGGGUCUGGCUUCGGAGACUCUUCUCUGUCCUAUAAUACGCUCUAUGGACGAGAAGUGCGAGCUGACCUUUGGGAGAAAUCGAAGAAUUCAAUUCGGGAAAAACUCGCUCGAGAGUUACGGCAAAUUGAAGUUUCGAAAUGA